CCCCCUCGUCUCGCCCCCGCCCCUGCGCCUCGGCCCUGGCGGCGCGGACAGCGGAGCCAAGAUGGCGGCCGAGCUGGAGUACGAGUCUGUGCUGUGUGUGAAGCCGGACGUCAGCGUCUACCGGAUCCCGCCCCGGGCCUCCAACCGCGGUUACAGGGCAUCUGACUGGAAAUUAGACCAGCCUGAUUGGACUGGUCGCCUCCGAAUCACUUCAAAAGGAAAGAUUGCCUAUAUCAAACUUGAGGAUAAAGUUUCAGGGGAGCUCUUUGCUCAGGCACCAGUAGAACAGUAUCCUGGUAUUGCUGUGGAGACAGUGACAGAUUCCAGUCGCUACUUCGUAAUCCGGAUCCAGGAUGGUACUGGGCGCAGUGCUUUCAUCGGCAUUGGCUUUGCAGAUCGGGGAGAUGCCUUUGACUUUAAUGUCUCUUUGCAAGAUCACUUCAAGUGGGUAAAGCAGGAAUCUGAGAUUUCCAAAGAAUCUCAAGAAAUGGACACUCGUCCCAAGUUGGAUCUGGGCUUCAAGGAAGGACAGACCAUCAAGUUGAGUAUUGGGAACAUUACAACCAAGAAAGGAGGUGCUUCUAAGCCCAGGACUACAGGGUCUGGGGGCCUAAGCUUACUCCCACCCCCACCUGGAGGCAAAGUCACUAUUCCCCCACCAUCCUCCUCAGUUGCCAUCAGCAAUCAUGUCACCCCACCACCUAUUCCAAAAUCUAACCAUGGAGGUAGUGAUGCAGAUAUCCUUUUAGAUUUGGAUUCUCCUGCUGUCACGACACCAGCACCAGCUCCAGUUUCUGCAAGCAAUGACUUGUGGGGAGACUUUAGCACUGCAUCCAGCUCUGUUCCAAACCAGGCACCACAGCCAUCCAACUGGGUCCAGUUCUGAGUAGCAUUGGCAGGACAUUAAGGACAGACUUAAGGAAUAAAAAUGACCUAAGGGCACCAAUGUGUGAGGGAAGUUAGGAACCCCUUCCCUCCCCAGAACCAAAAUGACUGGACAAUCUUUUUCAUAGCUUCUCCAUUGCAUUCAAGCUGGUUUAUGCCACCCCCCUGUGUUGUUACUUGUUGUACAGCCAAGAAAGUAUCUGUUAUCUCCUGCUUCCUUACCAAGGUAGGGGAAUAGUGGAUCUUAUCAUACUUGUAGCUGACUAUGCAGGGCGCAAAGGCCAGUGUUUAUUUGAGGGGGAAUGACCUCUAACAUCCGUAAAUUUUUUCUCCAUCCCUUAAAUUCUUUAACUGCAGAAUCAUCUCAUGACCCUUGUGUGCCUCUUUGUGAAGCCCUAGUUAGCAAUUUCAGGGGAAGCAAAAACCUUGAAACUUCCUUCUCCACUAACCCAGGACUCUAAAAAUGGACAGGCUGACCUCAGUGUUUACAAAUUCAGAAUUUUGAUAGGGGUAGGUAUGGAGAAAGACUUGUUUCCUAGGUCUCUGCUAUAUAGCCUCCUUCAGGCUUAUCCUGUUCAGUGAACAUCCAGUGCUGGGUGCAGCUCCAUCACCCUCUUGUGUGUUUACAUGUCUCUUCCUAUGAUAAGAGGGUUGUGUUGGUGGCACCUUCACUAUUCUUUUCUGUUUGUUGAAUUGUGCAACAUCUUUGACCAGUGGGUGUCUCUGUCGUGAAAGAAGUUCAAGAGACUGUGCUUUCCAAGUCAUAUUCUACAGACAUAUUUAAUUUCUGCAGCUCCAUCUAGUUACUUUUUGCAUUUGAAACACAGCAUUAAUUUGUAUUUGCCCUGUAAUUUGACCUAAAGUGUUGAAGGGUUUUAGAGUUUUUAACCUGAUUUGUAGAGCAGAGAGGUUAAAAGCACUUAAAUCUUGUUCGGUACCCAUGUUGCCUAGCUGCCUGGGUAUCUGGCCCUUUUCCACAAACAUUUCUUUUUCAGUCCAUUUAGCUCUUCAAUAGAAAGCUGCUAUUACACAUCUUGUCAUUUAUGAAGGAAGUUGGAGAGUCGCAGCUUUACCUGUGACAGGUUUUGCCCAAGGCUUUGAUCCCCAUCACCCAGGGUAUCUCAAAAGCAAGUUGCUUUCCCACCAUUUUCCUUUCCCUCUGCUCUGCCAUUCCUUGUACAAUACUGUGAAGAGAGUUCCACUUCUCAGAUGAAUGAGUACUAUCUAUUUUGUUUGUUAAUGGGCAAUCUUGAGGAUGAAAUGAGAGGAUGUAAUUUCACCCCUUAGCACAUACUUGGACGUGUAUGCUCUGGCUGAAGGGAGUCUUUAUGUUUAGUUUCAAAAUAUAUUAUUCUCUAGGAUUUCCUUCUUAACUUUUUCUAACUUUGGGUCCAUUGUUUUUCAUUGCCUCCUCUUCCAGGCAGCUCUAUUCUUGCAGAGCCAUGGCAGGACAUUUUAAAUUUCCAAUAGAAAACACUAAAAAGAAAGUCUAUAGAAUCACUAGUGACUAAAUACUGAGAACCUAUUUUCUCAAUCUUCCUCCAUGUUGUGUUCUUUGUAUUCUCAAGAUGAUAAUAUAUUAUGUAUUUGAAUUCCUGAAAAAUUGAAAAUGUUUAAGAUAUAUGUAUAUAAAGCGUAUGCUGUAUUGGUGCAAUAAUGGUAAUUAAAAUAUGGAAAAAGU